AUGAACCGCACGAUCAAACCCCUGUGCCUCGCGGCGGCUGCUCCGUCCGCGCCGGGCUCCCGCCUCCUCGCCGGCGCCGUCCCCCGCCGCUCCUACGCCUUCGCCUCCGGCGGCGGCGUCGGCGCCCAGGCCUUCCAGGUCUUCAACCGCCGCACAAAGUGGCUCCAAAAGGAGCGCGCCGCCUCCAACGUCGAGGCCAGUCGCCAGGCCGACUACCUCAAGGACGAGGUCGCGAACCGUCUCUGCGAGAGGUUGCUUGACAUCAAGCGAAGGUUCCCCCGUGUCCUCGACCUCGGCGCCAACUCAUGCAACAUCGCCCGCGCCCUCACCCGCGAGAACCCCGACCCGGACCCGGCGAAGCCCAUAACCCCGGCCCUGUCAACGCGCAUUGACGAGCUCGUCGCCGCCGAGUCGUCCCACGCCCUCCUGCACCGCGACGCCGACCUCCCCUUCAACGCCGACAUCAACAUCACCCGCCAGGUCCUCGUCGACGAGGAGCACGUCCCCUUCCCCCCCGAGACCUUCGACCUCGUCCUGAGCUCCCUGAGCCUGCACUGGAUCAACGAUCUCCCCGGCGUCCUGACCCAGAUCAACAACGUCCUGAAGCCCGACAGCCCCUUCAUCGGCGCCAUGAUCGGCGGCGACAGCCUCUUUGAGCUGCGCACCUCGCUGCAGCUCGCCGAGCAGGAGAGGCGCGGUGGCAUCUCCCCACACGUGUCGCCGCUGGCCGACACCCGCGACGUCGGCGGUCUAAUGCAGCGCGCCGGCUUCAAGAUGCUGACAGUCGACGUCGACGACAUUGUCGUCGACUACCCUGACACAUUCGCCCUGAUGCAGGACCUGCAGGCCAUGGGAGAGGGCAACGCCAUCCUGGGGAGAGAGAUGGGCCCCAUCAGGAGAGAGGUGCUCCUUGCGAACGAGGGCAUCUACAGGGAACUCCACGGCAACGAGGACGGGAGCAUACCCGCGACGUUUAGAAUCAUCUACAUGAUCGGUUGGCGCGAGGGCGGCAAUCAGCCCAAGCCGUUGCCGAGGGGCACUGGAGAUGUGAACCUCAAAGACAUCCUAGAGUCCAACUAG